AAGUCAUCAUACUCAUCUACUUUCUACUUGAGAGCUUAUUAAUUUCUUCCUCAGCAUAAAAAUAUCACUCGUGUAUUUUGUGGCUGCAAAUACUAAAAGCAAGUUCAUUAGCAAUGGCCUCUGCUGCAGUUGUGAACCAUGAGGAAGAGAUUGUUCGCCCCGUCGCCAACUUCUCUCCAAGUUUAUGGGGUGAUCGUUUCCAUUCUUUCUCCAUUGACAAUCAGGUUGCACAAAAGUAUGCUCAUGAGAUUGAAGCAUUGAAGGAAGAAACAAGGAGUAUGUUGUUAGCUGCUGGACGGAAUUUGGCUGAGACAUUGAAUUUGAUUGACAUUAUCGAACGUCUUGGCAUAGCCUACCACUUUGAGAAAGAAAUUGAUGAGAUUUUGGAUCAGAUUUACCACAAAAAUACAAUUUUUGAGGGUGAUGAAUAUAAUGAUUUAUCCACUUUUGCCCUUCAAUUUCGAUUACUCAGGCAACACGGUUACAACAUCUCUCCUAAAAUUUUCAGCAAAUUCCAAGAUGGAAAUGGAAAAUUCAAGGAGUCUCUUGCUAGUGAUGAAUUAGGAUUAUUGAGCAUGUAUGAAGCUUCACAUGUAAGGACUCAUGGUGAAGAUAUUUUAGAAGAUGCACUUGCUUUCUCCACUAUUCGGCUUGAGUCUGCAGCUCCACAAUUGAAAUCUCCACUUAGGGAGCAAGUGGAACAUGCCCUUGAGCAAUCUUUGCACAAAGGCAUUCCUCGAGUUGAGACCCGAUUCUUCAUCUCAUCAAUCUACGAGAAGGAGGAAUCAAAGAAUGAUGUGUUGCUUCGAUUUGCCAAAUUGGAUUUUAACUUGCUUCAGAUGUUGCACAAACAAGAACUUGCUGAAGUAUCAAGGUGGUGGAAAGAUUUGGAUUUCGUGACAACACUUCCAUAUGCUAGAGACAGAGCAGUGGAAUGCUACUUUUGGACAGUAGGAGUAUAUUUUGAGCCUCAAUAUUCUCAAGCUCGAGUCAUGCUCGCUAAGACUAUAGCGAUGAUUUCAAUUGUGGAUGACACCUUUGAUGCCUAUGGCAUAGUCAAAGAACUUGACACAUACACGGAUGCCAUACAAAGGUGGAAUAUUAGUGAAAUUGAUCGGCUUCCUGAUUACAUGAAAAUCAGUUAUAAAGCUCUCUUAGACCUUUACGACGAUUAUGAGAAGGAACUGUCCAAAGAUGGAAGAUCUCAUGUUGUCUACUAUGCAAAAGAAAGGAUGAAAGAAAUUGUGAGGAAUUACAAUGUUGAAGCAAAAUGGUUUAUUGAAGGAUAUUUGCCACCUGUUUCUGAGUACCUCAACAAUGCACUAGCAACUAGCACUUAUUACUUGCUCACUACAACAUCAUAUUUGGGCGUGAAGUCUGCAACCAAGCAAGAUUUUGAGUGGUUGGAGAAGAAUCCUCAAAUUCUUGAAGCUAAUGUUACAUUAUGUCGAGUUAUUGAUGACAUAGCCACAUAUGAGGUUGAGAAAAGUAGAGGUCAAGUUGCAACAGGAAUUGAGUGCUACAUGAGAGAUUAUGGUGUAUCAACGGAAGAGGCAAUGGCUGCAUUUCAAGAAAUGGCUGAGAUAGCAUGGAAGGAUGUGAAUGAAGGAAUUCUUAGGCCCACUCCCGUUUACGAGAUUUUAACUCGUAUUCUCAAUCUUGCUCGCAUUAUUGACGUCACAUAUAAGCACAAUCAAGAUGGAUACACUCAUCCGGAGAAAGUCUUAAAACCACACAUUAUUGCCUUACUUGUGGACUCCAUCGAAAUUUGAACUACCAAGUAUUUGCUCUUUCUUGAGAGAACUUCAUUUUUCUUAGUUGAGAUAUCACAUUUCUUUUGUUAUUAUCAUGUUGUACAAAGUUUCCUGGGAGCUUCCUUUUGUUACAUCCUCUC